GUCAGCAGGCACACGGUCAAAGAGGGGAAUGUUCGUGGGGUCCUGUUCACUCCGCCAGGAAGAGGGCCAUUCCCUGCCGUGCUGGAUUUGUACAUUUUAGGGGGAGGUUUCUCAGAGAGGAGGGCCUCUCUGCUCGCCAGUCGAGGAUUUGUGGUCCUGACCGUAGUGGCGUACGGUUACGAUGACAUGCCGAAGAAGAUCAAAGAGGUCCAUCUGGAUUAUUUUGAGGAAGCAAUACAGUUUUUGAAAAAACAAGAUAAGGUGGGCAGUAAAGGAGUUGGUGUGAUAUCCAUUUCAAAGACUGGAGAUCUUGCACUAUCAAUAGCCUCUUACCUGCCAGGUGUUGAGGCCACAGUGUGGAUCAACGGCUGCUCUGCCAACACUCUUUUACCCCUCUACUAUAAGAAGAGACAAAUCCUCCCUCCGUUAAUGAUUGACCUCAGCAAAAUGAUUCCCACUGAGUCA